AUGCGGCAAGAUGAAGCGCCACCUCCGCCGCCUCCUCCUGAUGUUUCUUCUAACUCACGCCGUCGCUCCGUCUCGCAUCAAUCUGUUGUUCAUAUGCCUAUAAAUACUAGAGAUGAUACUGAUAAUGAUCGUCAUUAUUCUUCUUUAUUGUAUAGUGACAUGCAUCCAACGAGUGUAUCAUCGUCCUAUUCAUCUUCUAUGGCUCGUAAAGUGGCUACACUUGCAACCACAAAGGACGAUGAUCCAUUAUCACCUCGUACACGUUUAGAGAUGGAGAAACAGCGUCAGCAUUUGAUACAAGGUCUUAAUAUCAGUGAUGGUCAGACGAGUAAUACGACACCUACGAAUCACAGUGGCAUCUCAUCUUUCUACAGUGUAAGCAACAGCACCGAUGGCCAUGAGAUUGCACAUAGUGGAAAGACGCAUAAAGAUCGACAGACGCAGCAUGUAGAUUCGAUUUACAUGUCACCACAGAGGGCAAUGCUCAGUCGAGUGGACGGCCUUUUAGGCUCAAAGUCUCGUCAUAAUGUCUCAUCCGCUCCGGGUCCUCCAUAUGCUUCAAACGUUGCCGCUACUCACUCCAUUAAUUCCAUUGAUUCAAUAUCAAAGAGACCACCGUCUUCUGUCCGGAUUUCUCAUCGAGAACGAGAAGAAAAACAAAGAGAACCAUCGAGUUGUGGGGCAGCAAUUCUUUACAACUCACCCAUUAGAUUGAGACUCAGCAGUCGACAGUGCUUGAAGAUAUCAGCAACAACAAGUAAUACAGUAAAUUUACCACCAAGGCCGACGGGAACAAGUACGGGAGGAAGUGGAUCCGACGGAAUUGCUUGCACUACAAGACAAUCAAGUACCGUGCAAAUUGAUGUCAGUGGCGAUGGAUUAGAUGGCGACGACGACCAAAUUUUUGUGCUGCAGAACACGACACUACGAUCUGACUGUGGUGAGGUUCGUUACUCGGACAUUGUAUCGUUAUACUGCGUAGGAGGGAGUUGCAGAGGUCAAUUCUUGUCUGCAAAUGCAGCUACCCGUACUUUGACUACCAAGAAGGGACCGGUAAUAUUUAACAGUGAGAAAUGGAUAAUUGCAAAUCCUAUGGCGGAGGGCCACGAGCGCUAUGCUGGAAGUGAUAAGAAUGCUUACGCGUCUACUGACACUGCAAGUAAGCUGUGGCGGCAAUCAAAAACAAUUGCAACGAGUGACAACAUUAUGCUCAAAAUGAACAAUGCUGAUUUGUAUAUCUCUGUGCACCCUCAUCAGUACGGCCAUGACGAUAUCUCAGACGCGAGCUCCACGACAGUCGUACUAAGCAAAGAGAAUGACGGGAUUAACGACACAAUGCAAGUUUGGAAAAUUACUAAGUCAAACCUGCCGUACGAUCCGGAAUGGAAUCGCGAACGUCCUUAUCUUACCGGUGAGGCACUCGUACUACCGCAAGCGAAGCGUUGCCACGCUGCCGAUGAUGGUGAUUUUAGUCUUCCCCCACUGUCCACGUAUCCUCCAUCAGUGCAAGAGUUCACCGUAGUUGAGGACUUGUUGUAUGUCUUUCUUGGUGUAGAAGGACGCUAUAUUAAACUAGCGACCACCGAGACUCGUGAUGCUGAUGUUUCCAAAUGUACAAGGACAUUUAAGUUCGAGCUGGAUCAACCCGGUAUGGAUCCCUCUCUCCUGACCUUGGCAUCUCGGUGCUUAUGUUUAGGCGAGUUUUAUUUGAAAUUGACACUCUACGUCGAGCAGUUUUCUCGAUAUGAGUACGGGCAGGUAAAUCACGCACUUUGCGCAGCAUUGAAAACGCUGAUAAAAGAGUACAAGAUAAUGGUGGGGCAGCUGGAGCAUCAGACAAGAAGUUCUGAUUCACUGUCUUUUAGUAUUCAGAAAUUGUGGUACAACGUGCAGCCGAGCUUACGGACAUUAGAAAUGCUAAGUGUAUUGGUGGACGCUUGUCAUAAAGCAAUUGGCGGCGGCUCGUUACUUACUGAAAUUCAGCGCAUAAUGUCAUCUUUGGCAGGAGACUCAAAUGCACGGAAGGUAUUUUCCUUUCUAAUGGAGCGCGCUAGUGUGCCGUAUUUGAAAAUGGUUGAACGUUGGAUAUACCACGGAGACCUAGUUGAUCCUUACGAUGAGUUCAUGAUUCGACGAGAUGAUCAAGUUAGCAAGGAGGAUGUUCAAGAUAAUCCAUACUCGACAUACUGGCAAAGUCGCUACACAAUUCGUGCAUCACAAGUACCUCUAUUCCUUUCACGAGUAGCGCCAAAGAUUUUGACUGCGGGUAAGUACUUGAAUGUCUUCCGAACAUGCAAUCGCCAGGUAGAUUGCCCGUUUGCUGGUGAAAUAAACUUUUCCGCUAGCGAAUCGGUAUACGAAGAGUUGAUUGACAAGGCGCAUAGGUUUGCUAGUAAGAUGCUCUUGGAACUGUUUGUAUGCGAAAGUGAUCUCCAGAACCGGCUGAUCUCGCUCAAACACUAUUUUCUAAUGGAUCAAGGAGACUUUUUUGUUGACUUUAUGGACAUUGCUGAAGAAGAGCUGAAGCUACGUGCGGACAAACUGUCACUGUCUCGCCUAGAGUCCCUGCUCCACUUGUCUCUUCAAACGUCUACUUGCUCUUCGGAUCCAUACAAGGAUGACCUCCAGUGUUUUCUAUCGCCGCAUAAUCUCAUUUCUCACAUGGAAGCCAUUCACCAGCGUGCGCAAAAAGGACCUGGAGAUUCGCUGACGACGUUCGAGUCUUCAUCUAUAGGCCACCCAGGUUACAAGGUGAUUGAUGCGUUAACGCUUGACUACAAUGUGAAGUGGCCUCUCUCCCUCGUGAUCUCGUGCGGCGCGCUGACCAAGUACCAAAUGAUUUUUCGGCAUAUCUUCUUUUGCAAACACGUAGAGCGCCAGCUUUGUGAUGCCUGGUUAAAUCAUCAAGCAACGAAGGAGCUAUCUUUGCGCUCUGCGCUUGGACCGUCCUUUUGUUUACGUCAGCGAAUGCUGCACUUUCAGCAGAACUUUGUGUACUACAUGAUGUUUGAGGUUAUCUCCCCUCGAUGGCACGACUUCCAGCAGCAGCUAGCGACUGUUGGUACUGUGGACGACAUUUUAGAGUUCCAGGGCGAGUUUCUUGAUAUUUGUCUGAAGGAAUGCUUGCUGACGGACCCAGAUUUGCUGCGUGUUUUAACAAGGCUCAUGAUGGUGUGUAUGACCUUUGCCAACAGUAUCGAAAGCUUUACACGGCCAUAUUUUCUAGAUGAAGAGACGAUUAAGGUCGAACGCGAUGCGGAGCGAGAUCGUCGAGCUGAGAAGAAGGCACGCGAAGAAGCCGAAAUUGCUUUGGCAAGCUACCAACGUCAAAAGGGGACUUUUGGUGGAAAGAAGAAAGGGCACGUGCUGAGGCGUUGCCAGUCCUCGCAGGCAAACUUGCGACGCACACGCAUUAAGAAGCUGUCGGAUGACGUAAAGCGUGCAUUGACCGAGCGCGAAGGCGACGAAGAAAAUCUAUUCGUGCGAACGACCAAGGACUUGGAGAACCGUUUUGACUCGUUGCUCGGUGAGUUUAUGCAGCAGCUGCUACGGAGGUCGCUCUUGCAGCAAAACUCGCAUCUUUCAAAUCUGUGUACGCGGCUCGACUACAAUGGCUUUUACACCAAGUAG